UUUCACAUCUACAUUUCUGAAGUGUCGUUUCAUUCUUUUGGAAAAUAUGAAUGUGGAAUUUGAAGUUCAUCUCCAGAUCUUACUGGCUGUUGGCUUGGCUGUCCUCUGUUUCUUCCUUGUGAUUGGCUGCAUCAUUUGCUGGUGUCACCAAAAGACUCUUUCCUUAAAUGACAAGAAGGCGGGGCUAUCCCUAGCCUCGUUACCCACAGAUCAUGUGGCUGUGACUAUUAGCCCCUCCCCCUCCAUAAACACGCUGCCAAUCAAACAGCAGUAUGAGGAAUUGGAUGGAGAUGUCAUGGAUUCUCCCUCAUCUAACAGCAGUUCAACAUCUUCAGGAUCAGAUGUUCAAUCCUCGUCUCUGCCUCGCUCUCUCUCUGAACUGAAAGGCUCUUCAAAAUCACGUUUCACACUACGAAGACUAAGUUCUCCCACGUUCUCCUCCACUGUAACUAAACCUGCCGUCCGCAUUCGUUCUUCACUCCCAGUCAUUCCUAAAUUCAGUCUGGUGACAAAGACCCGCAGAGCGCUCGAUCGCAAAAGCACCAGGGUUGGAGAUAACUGUUUGCAUUCAGAAAGCAGCAGGCUUACCACCUGCCCAUCAUCAUCAUCUGGUUUCAAUUACGGCUCCAGUUCCCUUAAACCCAAACCAUCUCUUCACUUCACUUUGUUUUUCUGUCCAGCAGAGAGCAGACUGACAGUCACCGUUCUGGGUCUCUACCGAGGCUCUAAGAAAAUGAGCAGAGCCGUAGUCAGGGUUUGUUUAACUCCGGUCUGUCCCACACCACUGCAGAGCAGCUCAAGACGCAGACGUAGCCUCAGCCCAGAGACACCGGUUCACAUCUUCAUCCUUCAGGUGAAAUCAGAGGAGCUUUACGGUUGCACGCUCAUACUGACAGCGUCAAGCAGGGAUUUCUCUGGAUUGAGAGAGACGGCUGUGGGUGAACUUCAGCUGACGUGUGCAGAAAUCGACUGGCAGCCCGGGUCCACCAUCACUUUCAAUCGUCAGCUUAACACUGCAAGCAGGAGCCUGAGGAAGAGUCAGAGUUCUCAGGAUAAAUUAGUGGAUGUCAGAUGUUCGGUUUGUUCAGGACAACUCCUGAUUCUCCUGCAGUAUCAGACACUGGCACAUCGCAUGAAGGUGAUGGUCAGGAAAGCUGAAAACUUACCCAAACUUAGCAGGAUUCCAAGAAGCCCAGAUCACUAUGUCAUCAUCAACCUACGUCAGAGUGGAAAGGUAAUCAGCACUAAGGAGACGAAGUGCGCCGGUGGUGUGAACGCUGUUUGGAACGCACCCUUCCUGUUUGAUCUCCCGACUGGUGACAUCGACACGCUGCCUCUGCUCCUGGAGCUCAUCGUAAUGCAGGGGCGGCUCUACACAAAGAGUUGCAUUCUGGGCUGUGUUCUGAUUGGCUACGAGGCUCCUGAAGCAGGAAAGCAGCAUUGGAAAGAAAUGUGCAGCAGGGUGCAGGUGGAGACGACACACUGGCACGCACUUCAACCUGACACCUUAUAGGCCAGCAAUCCUAAACUGAGACGUCCCCAAACCAUCCAGUGUCCUGUAACUCCUUCACUGUUUCUCAUUUCUCCACUGAAAUCAGGAUAGAGGACGAGUGGAUGUGAUGGUUUGGGGAAAAUGUGUUAAAAUUGACUUGAAUCCUAAUGCCUGUCUUUACAACAGGGUUAUGUUGCUUCAACAGAAGUUGUGCAUUAUAGUUAUGUAAUUGUGUAAAAAGGAAUUUUGUGAGUUGUUUGUUAGCCGGCUUAUUUCUGCUACGAUUUAAAACAUCUCUUCAUCAGUAAUUAUAUUAAUUCAUCCACAAAAUAUAUCCAUGAUGAUUAUACAGUCAACAUUCACAAAUACAGCGUUGAUUGACACGCCUCUAAUUCCUCAUUUUGACCUUGUUAAAAUUGUUUACCCAUAGGGCAAAAAAUACAUUUCUCUGUCCAAAAAUAUGUAUAAAAGAAUAUGCUAAAUACAUUUUGUAGAAAGUAAACAUAAAAUGAAAGUAAACUUAAAUAUAUUUUUUGAAUUUGAAAAUAUAUUUAGUUUUAAUCUUCAUAUUUUAACAUUUAAAAAUGUAUUUUAGGGGCAACAAAUACAUAUAAGAAAUCAAGAAAAAUCCAAAGUGCUCAGAAGGAAUUAUUUAGAAAAAAUGUAGACACAAUUGAAGGUGCUUUUAGAAACUAAACUUUAUUUAAUUUUUGCUUCAUGUCCCCUUAGGGGCUCCGUAGUAUAGGGUAUACAAAACGUCAAAAAAAGGGAAUCCAAGGCACUCUUUGUAUUUCAAAAAAGUAUUAUAAAUAUUUAAAAAUAGCUAUAACAUUAAAAACAUUAAACUGGGCACAGAUGAGAUAGCCUUCUUCUAUUAAAAAAAGCUUUUUAUAAUACUUUUUUGAAAUACAUUUCUAAUUUUGCAACCCAUAUUGCAAAUAAUAUAUUUUUUCUGGCCAAAAUAUACAAUUUUGUAUGAAUGUUUUAAGUAUAAAAUGUAUAAGUAUGUAUUAAAAAAUAACAUUUUU